AUGGAACUCGAACUGAAAGGCAUAGAUUUCAAUGCCACCCACUACCAAGUCGCAAAGGCGUUCGAGACCGUCCUGCACGGUCGCGAUUUCUACGAUCCCGAUGACCCUCAGACCAAUGGCCGUCCCCCGAACUUCCGCGUAAAGCUCAAUCCUAGCAUCGCUGGUGGCGUCGGGAACAAUGGAACGGGCAUUCUGACUCUUCCUACUUCUCGUUUAGGCGACCGUUUCUUGACAUGGCUUAAAGAAGUCCCCUCAAACGAACACGAAAUUCGCGUCUUGGGCAAAAAGAUAUCUGCAUUUCGGCGAAGGCGCGGCAUUCCUAAGGAAACAAAGGAGACGCUACAGAAGACACUUUAUGUGGACCCUGAGCUGGAGUAUCAGCGCGAGGAGAAGUUGAGGAAACUAGAUCAUCGUCUGAGGGUUGAAAAGGUGCAAUUUGGGACAUGGUUCCGAACGAGUGAGUCUCCAACUGCAUCGAGGUCCUUCUCGAUCGAGUAUGAGCGAGACUAUACACAAAGAAGUGCUGGAUACUUGGGACUCGAGUACGAUCACAAAUUGAUACGUGUCGAAGUGAGCUCUAUUUUUUAUCUGGCAGAGAUACUUACUCAUGAUCCGCAUAGCUUGGAGAACGGAUGA